CGUACGCCUGUGAUUUGUGCGAACGUGAACCUGUUACUGGUGUUUUCGCUAGGUGCCGUCAUGAAGAUUGAGCUGCGCUGUUUCAUGUGCUACGUUCCUGCGACAGUGGUCAGUGGUGAGCGUUGUUAGACAGGUUGAAGAAUGAGUGGGAUCCUUACAGACGCGCAAAAAAGGCUGAUCGAAGAAAACCGACAGAAAGCACUUGCCCGGCGAGCCGAACGACAGAAAGCUGCGUCAGCGUGUGUCUUGCGAAAUGAAACCUCGCUUUGUCCACCGAAAUGCGCCACACCGGCCGUGCAGGAGGCGCAGAAAAGCGUAAAGAAUGCACCACACUCCUACAGUAAUGCUGCAGGCGUGCUCGAAAAAACCGUUCAACGCCAAUGGAACCACGGUGCGAGGCUUCUUCAAGAAGUGCCGCGGAGUGUAACUGAAGCAACGUUCGGUGCACCAUCGACAAAGCCAGUGUCCGGUUCGUGCGUCAUGAUCUCCGACGAUCGGUUUCUUGUGGAAGCGCCGUACCACCAACAAAUGAUUGAAAUAUUUCGCACCAUGCCUUCACGAAAGUACGAUGCGGAGAAGAAACGUUGGAGCUUUCAUAUUACUUGCCACAAUAGUUUGAUGGAGAAACUUAAAUGCCUCAGGCCUGCUGUGUUGGUAGCCGAGAUUCCUAGGCAUGUCUUAAGGGCAUUCUCAGAAACUCCUGAGAAUUAUGAGGUCAGUCUGAAUGGCCUUGACUGCAAGCUCGAACAAGCGCUUUUACCCUUUCAGAAAGAUGGUGUCCGCACUGCUGUGCUGCGCAAGGGCCGCAUCUUGAUCGCCGACGACAUGGGCCUUGGCAAAACCAUACAGGGCAUUGCGAUAGCUGCUUACUACCGAGAAGAAUGGCCCGUGCUUGUGGUGACGCCAUCCUCGGUGCGGUUUACUUGGAAGGAGGCUUUCUUGCGUUGGAUGCCAUCGCUGAACCAAGAUCAAGUAACAGUGUUGGUAACUGGUAGUGACAGUGUUUCACCAUUUCAUCAAGUGAUAAUUACCAGCUAUGAUCUCCUGACAAAGAAGACUGAAGACCUCUGUGGCAAGUUUAAUGUUGUCCUUCUGGACGAGAGCCACUUCAUCAAGAAUUCAAAGACUGCACGAACAAAAGCAUGCCAGAAGGCCCUUUCCAAGGCUAAGAGAGUAGUUCUUCUCACAGGCACGCCAGCAUUGUCAAGGCCAAUCGAACUGUACACACAAAUAUGUGCUGUGCAACCAAAAUGUUUUUCAAGCAUGCACGAGUUUGGCAUCCGAUAUUGCAAUGGCAAGAAAAACCAGUGGGGCUGGGACUUCUCUGGCUCAUCCAACAUGCAUGAGCUGCAGCUCUUCCUUGAAAAAACAGUGAUGAUACGUAGGCUUAAGGCUGAUGUACUGUCGCAGUUGCCAGCCAAGCAAAGGCAGGUUGUUUUGCUCGACCCUUCACAUGUGAAGACAACCGAUAAAGUGCUGCAGCACAUGGCUCGUGAAAUGCAUAACACCAAACUCAAGGUAAUGGAGAAGAGAGGUGUCCUGUUGACCUAUUUUCGUGAAACUGGUAUUCAUAAGGUUAAGGCUGUGUGCAAAUACAUUGAGGAUUUGGUGGAAGGUGACCAGAAGUUCCUCUGUUUUGCACACCACCAGGUAGUCUUGGAGAGCAUUUGUGACCUGCUUAAUAGAAAGAACUGCAGUCAUAUUCGUAUUGAUGGCAAGACAUCGUCCGAGUUGCGCAAGCAACUUUGUGACAAGUUCCAGUACAAUGACAUGUGCAGAGUUGCAGUCUUGAGUAUCACUGCUGCAAAUGCUGGCAUAACACUGAGCUCCGCAAGCUUGGUCAUCUUUGCAGAACUGUUUUGGAAUCCAGGCAUACUCACCCAGGCCGAGGACAGAGUGCAUCGAAUCGGGCAACAAAACUGUGUUGUUAUUCAGUACCUCGUGGCAAAGGGGACUGCUGAUGACUACAUCUGGCCACUUGUGUGCAACAAGCUGGACACUUUGGGAAAAGCAGGACUGAGCAAGGACAGCUUUUAUGAUGUAGAUUUAAAGAUAUCUGCUGACCAAAAGCAACCAACCUUAGAGGAUUUUUUCAUUGAAGACGAGCCGUGGCCUGAUUUCGCUGAUGAAGAUGGCAGCAGUGAUUGUACUCAAGCAAAAAAAACGAAGCUUCAGUAGUAUUUCGCUUUUUGUGCAACUUAAUAAAUGGACAGAUAUGUUGUGGA